GAUGCCAGUCUUGAUGCCUUUGCUGCUGGUGAUGGUGAGAGUCAUGUUGAUGCCAAUGCUGAUGAUGAUAGUUUACGUAUGAGCGAGUGUUAUGCUAAUAUUGAUGCUGAUGUUGAUGCUGAUAGUCUUGUUAAUGUUGAGUGUGAAUGUGAUGAUAAGUGUGAGGCUGAUUCUGAUGCUGAUGGUGAGCUUGAAGGUGAAAGUGAAGGUAGUGCUGAUGCUGAUGUUAAUGAUUUUGGUGAUGGUGAUGUUGAUUGUCAUGAUGAUGCCAACACUGAUGGUUUUAGCAUUCACCCGACCAACCAAAUCGAGCCAUGUCGACUGCCGCCCAACCUUUUUUCUGCAUUCACACACCCACACACCCACACAGCCGAGCUCGCUGAUAACCGGUACGGAUUACCGCUUCGUCAAGUGGUACAGCAUCGUCCCAACGGCGUCUGUCUGGCAAGCUCGCAUUUCGCCGGCUCAAGGGUUGCCCAAGUCUGGACAUAUUUGUGUAACUAG